CGCUUUGUAAGAAAAGUUGAAACUUUUGGUCACAAUGAAAUGAAAGCUUCUAAUACGUUUUAUUCAUGAAAGAGGGGGAAAAUAGACGAAUUCUCGGUGAUGCGAAAGGUGAUGUUAAACGUUGCAUAUCGCAGAUACAAGUCACGAAGCGUGGUCGGAACAAGUCUAGACGAUCAUCGUCGAGGAAAAACCGAUGAAGCUUGACCGUACUCAACACAGGUAUCUAAAUAUGUAUCGAAAUUGUUGUAAAGAACCGAUAAGAAAUGAUGAUUCAUACGCGUAACCUUUACGAUAACAAGUUACGUUAGCGAGCAUCUGAAAACGUGCCUGUGAUAUACAUUUUAAGUAUUGUGUGUUAAAAGCCCAGGGAGUUGUGAAAUGUAUUAGAUCAGUGACCAAAGAAGUAACAUAGUAUACAAAAUCCAGUAUGAUGUAGAAAGUGAAAGUGAGAGUGUGAACAAAACUGAGUUCGUUUUAAUCGAAUCGAUAUACCAAAUCACAGACCGACAUGCAACUACGAUGAACAAAAUAAAUAGGCCGGACAUUUUCACGCGUGUCAUUUAUGAUUUUAUAUUUCGCAACGCAAAGCGUAUUAAAACAAGCAUUUACUAAUUUAUUCUCAAUUUAUUAUAUUACUAUUUUUAUCAGAACCUAUAUACAUUUAUUUUUCAAGAAGUAUUAAAUAUCAAAGUAAGCCACAUUUGAAUAACACUAAAAAAAUUAAGCAAGGGAAUAAACGAAUCUAUUACAAGAAAAGGAAGAUAUCGAUAGUACUUUAUAUAUAAUUCACACGAAAUAUGUAUUGAAAGUAUAUUCGGACCUAAAGAAAAGGAAAGAAUUUUUAUUAACACGAAUCAACGUACAAACUACAUGUAUAAUUGAUAUAUUUAUUAACAGAAUAUCAAAAAUAAGACGCAAUCGGUAUUUGCAGAAGACUUGGUUACACGAUGUUGACUCAGCUUCGGUGAGAAUAUAGCAUAGAAUCGGAACUCGAUCGAGGUCGAGCUUUAGUAAUCGAUUGUUGCAUUUUCGGCGUCCUUCUCUUUUCCACACACAGGAGUACCCUAGAAUCACGUACAAAAAUAAUUAAAUCAGUCUGAAAUAGGACCUGAUACAGAAUCGAUAAAGUGUAGAAAAAUCAAAUUUUUAUUAUAAGGGGCCGAGCAAUUGAGCACGGGUGCGUGUUUACGAUACGGUGUGAACCAAAACAUCAAUGACCUUGAAAGAGAAGCAGUCACGUGACUGAGAGAGAGCACAAGGAUUGGAUAGUUUCGACGCAUAUAAUGUGUAUUGCGCCGUGCGCACCCUAUGUCCCGCAUUCCGUGUCCGAUAGAUGGUUGAAAGUUUAGCGGGGGGAGAAGGGGCGAAAGACAGACUACGCGACGGCUUACGACGACGACGACGACGGGUACGACGACGACGAGGACGACGAGAAAAAACGGGAGAGGAGAGAGAGUGUGACUCGGCCCCCGUCUGUGUGUGCGCGCGCGUUGCUCGGUUGUGUUGUCCAAGAUGAAGUCCGACUCUAAACCUUUGUUGACAGCUCAGGCGGAAAAGGCGAAUCAUUACACAUACUUGAAGGAAUUUCGCGUCGAACAAUGUCCCCUCUUUAUACAGCGCAAAUGCACACAGCACCGACCCUUCACGUGCUUCAACUGGCACUUUAUGAACCAGCGGAGGCGAAGACCGGUGAGAAAGAGGGACCGCACCUUCAACUAUAGCGCUGAUAAUUAUUGCACCAAGUACGACGAGACUACCGGCAUAUGUCCAGAUGGAGACGAGUGUCCGUUUCUUCACCGCACUGCUGGCGAUACAGAAAGACGUUACCACCUACGUUAUUAUAAAACCUGCAUGUGUGUCCAUGAUACAGACACACGUGGGUUCUGUGUCAAGAAUGGCCCUCAUUGUGCCUUUGCACAUGGUAAUCAUGAUCUUCGUCCCCCUGUUUAUGACAUUAAGGAGAUACAGGCGCUGGAGAACCCUGAUUCUGAUCCUAAUUCAUCUUCUAAUGGGCCAAACAUACUUGACAAAGAAAGGAACUUAAUGAAUGAAGAUCCAAAAUGGCAGGAUACGAAUUAUGUACUCAGUAAUUACAAAACAGAACCUUGCAAACGUCCACCAAGACUUUGUCGUCAGGGCUAUGCCUGUCCACAAUAUCACAACAGUAAAGAUAAGAGACGUAGUCCGCGCAAGUACAAGUACAGAUCAACACCAUGUCCUAAUGUAAAACAUGGAGAAGAAUGGGGUGAACCAGGCAAUUGCGAACAAGGAGAUGCUUGUACAUAUUGUCAUACACGUACGGAACAACAAUUUCAUCCUGAGAUAUACAAAUCCACAAAGUGUAACGAUGUACAACAAGCUGGAUAUUGUCCACGCGGAGUCUUCUGUGCUUUUGCACAUGUUGACCGUGAGUGUACCCUCAUAAACCUGUUGCCAACAGAAGAAAUGAGCCUGGCGAGGGACAUGGCGGUACCUAUAGAUUGUGGCACCAAUCUGGCAGAUAUUCUAAGCAAUGCGCUUCCACCUGAUAAGCGCAGUCAUGAGAAGGAUAAACAACUUAGUGAUAGUAGUAAUGGGAGCGGUGAAGUAUCAGAAUCAGCAAGUACUAGUAGCGUUGGCAGUAACAGUUCACACAGUAAAGCUCCUGGUGCUCAACUUCAUAACUCCAAUUCCAAUAGCACCGUAAACACUUCCAAUCAGCAAAAAUUAACAAGCAUACUUUAUAAUCCCAGUUCUCUUUUGCAAGUUGGUGAAAUACGAAAACAAGUGGUUGCAAUAGACAGUGAUCCUUUAUUAACGAAAGCAGAAAAGGCUCAACAGAAACAAAGCCUAUAUAUUGCAUAUAGUUUGAAUGGAACCUUAGGGAAUCAUUCAUUAGCAACUACCGUCUCACCACUUUCAAGUUCAUUUUACCCAAAUGAUACUGUGGAAUCUGUAGUAGGAAAUGCAUUAGACGAGUUACAUCUAGAUGACCCCUUAAAUUUAGUAGAAUCAAUUCAUAGGGAUACUAAUUCACCAAUUAGCAAUUCAAUAUCAGCAGGCCUAGCAAGUUCUGGACUAUUAGGUAGUUCAGCACCAGUUAAUAUUCCUGGAAUGAAUGAACGUUCAGUUCUUACGAAUUUUUCACCAUCAACAUCCAGUCCACUGCAACAUCUACAUUCGACUGGUUUUCUUACUGGAUCUAGAUUUUCUCACCAGGAUUCAAUAGAAUCGACUAUGCCAUUUAUGAAUCAAGUAUCAGACCCAUUUAACAAUCAUAUUUCACAGCUUAGUAGUUCAGCUUCUAAGCUUAGCGGAUUUAAUAGUAGCUUAUUUGAUUUUACGAAUCAAGGGAUGUCUCCAUCUCGUACUCAACCUCUCCCAGCAUCUCCAUUGGUUAAUGCAUUUUCCAUUAGUCCGAGUAACACAGGAUCUUUAUCUGAGGUACAAAGGCUCAGGGAAGAAUUGACGUCAAGUCGUGCGCAACUAGCAACGUGGGACGAACGUAUUAAUCAAGCUAGAGCUGCUUGCGCUGCAUGGCAAUUAGAAAGUGAGGAGGCUAAAAGAAAAGCAAGUAUCGCGGAACAACAGAGAGAUGAGGCCUUGUUGCAAGUGAAAGCAUUAAGGGUAGAAAAUGAAGCGUCCGGUGGUGGACCAUACCUUCACACAUUGAGAAGAACAAGUGAGCUCAGAUCGUUAUCGAUAGCCGCAUUAAAAUCAAUUCAAUCACAGCUUCGUUCGGAUCUCGAAGAAGUAGAAAAGGUGCUGUACAGAGAAACGGCAACAAAGUGCAUGGUUUGCGAAGAACAAAAUCGCACUGUUACCCUCUCACCCUGUAACCACUACGUGGUCUGCUCGACGUGCGCUCCAAAUCAACGAGAGUGCCCGUACUGCCAGACUCCGGUUGUCUCCACAAGUUAGGUCCGAAUAUUUUGUUAGGACGCCCGUUGUUAUAAUCUCCAUUCUUUCUUAAUAACCAGGACAAAUAUCCUCAUAAUUCUAAUGUGAGUAGUACUAGGAUUUUCAACGUAAAUUCCCGGUACUUUAAAUGCGAUGGUAUAUAAAAUAAACAAUUAAAAGAAUUUGUAUUGCGAUACAUGUACAACCGCAAUAGAAAAAAGAAACAAAAAAAAACGAUGAACAAAUUUAUUCAAAUAUAUAAUUUGACUGUCGCCAAAGUAAAUAUGGAUGUGAUAAGACUUCGUUUCUGUAGUCUCUACUUGUCAUACAUUUUUGUGUCAACCGUCAUGCUACUAUAUAGCUAUUCAUCAAGAUUCAGAUAUCACAUCCUUUAUAUUAAGGACACAUAUUAAUGAUCUUGGAAUGGAAAACUAAUUAAUAUAUAAUACAAGAUACAUUUACUAGCAGGGUGCUAGCUAAAUAGUUAGCAUUUAAUAACACGCAUGUGUGCCAGUUACACAAACAAUGUAACGUGAAGGAAAAGAAAAACAAUAUAAUCAUAAAUGAUGGACAAAAUUUUGGGACCUCUAAAGUAUAUAUUUGUUUAAAAAAUUGUAAUACCAUAAUUAAACGCAACAAAAGAUUAAUGUCCCACAAUAUAAUAGUUAUAGAAUAAUUUCAUUCAAUUGUUGAGCUGUUAAACGUAUGUCACAAGAGAUGAUAUUUCUAUUGUAUUUAAAGAUAUAUAUUUAAAUAGGAUUUUUCAAUUGACCCGUACUGAUGGUAAUAAUACAAGUAUUAACAAAUUUUAUAUCCUUGGUUGAAAAGGUAGUAUCGAUUCCUAUAUUAUAUAAGGAAUAUAUAUAUAUAUGAUUUCUAGAUUUUUAUACAAAGUAAUAAAAUUGCUCAUAUUUAUAACAAAAAACGAAUUGGAAUUCGUGAAAGAAAAGUAUGUAAGAAAAUAAUACAUUUAACAAUUUCACUGUUAAAAGAAAAGGUAUAUGUAUUAUUUCAAACUUACAAUGUUCUUGACAUUAUUCUCUUUGUUUUUCUUAGAUAUAUAUGUACACAUAUAUUUUUUUGUUUUUCAUCUUUUAUAAUUUCUAUAAAAUAUACUUAAAUUAUAAUUCAUUAAAAAAAUGUUUUUAUACUUUGGAUACAUCGAAAAACAGUGAUAGUUGGUAGUUAAGAUUUUUAUACAAAUAUGAUUUCUUUAUUCUCUUUUCUUUUUUUUUUCUCUUAAUAGCUGAUAAUAUAUCACUUAGUACAUAGUCAUUUGUAUAUGUUUCACUAUGCUUCUCUUCUGUAUAUGGUACGUAGUAUGUUAAUUUUAAACUUUAAGUAUGCUUAAUAUACAUAUAAAUGAAUAUAUAUAUACAUUAUAUACUUACUAUUGAAAUUAAAUAGUGUGUGAUAGUAAUGAAGAAAUGUAAUUUUGCGACAAAAGUACAUUACUAAAUUAAUUAAACUCAAUUUUUGUGUUAUAAGUUUUUACAUUUUUAGGUGUAAGAAAUAUUAUGAAUAUUUAGGAUUUUUCAAUUUAAUCAAAAGAUGAAGGAGUAACUUAUAUUUAUGAUACCAGCGAUAAUUAUGUGACAUACGUAUUACAGCUCGAUAUAAGCGACAUGCAACUAAAAAAGCAUGCCAACUAACUUUUUUCAAUGAAACGCAUGAAUACUGCGUUUUGUACACCGGCUCUAUGAAACAUUUUCAUUUUGAAUAUGUAGCUGGUAAUCAUUACAUUAUAAAGCGACUAUACAUUCAUGGCAAAGAAAGAAAGAAGGUAAAACAUUGCCUAAAGUAUAAAUGAAUAGCAUAGAUAGGUCAACAUUAUCAAAUUUUUUCCUGAUAGACAUAAAACAUUACUAUAACCAAUUUUAAAGACUAUUAUUUAAUAUUUACGAUAUAAUUAAAAUUAUUUUAAAUGUAUAAUACCCUGCACAAAUUGACUUUUUUUUCAAAGGACAAGUAUAUUUUUACGGAUUAUUAGAGCUUUUUCAUAUAAGUUAUGAAUCUUGUUUAAAACAAACACAAUAAUACCAAAUGAGAAUACAAAGUAUAAAAAGUACACAAAUUUCAUUGAAACAGAAAAAAGAGGGUAUUAUAACAAACUUUACUUAAUUAUUUAAAUAUUUAAUAACUCGACAAUGAAGCUGAUUGUUGUUUCUCCUUUCUUCAAUUAUCUUCAUAGUUUAGUAUCAAAAAGUGAGGCCAAAAAAGAAAUAAAUGUUUUUAUUAGGUCCGUUUUUAUUACAAAUUAUUAAUAUUAAAAUAUAAUAGAUGUUACUAAAAACAUACAAUUUUGCGUAUCAUGGUAUAAACGAUCCAUCAAAGGAUUAUGUUUGUAAAGAAAGGAAUGAAGUGGAAUGAAAAUGAUAAAAAAACAAAAUGUAUAACAAGGAAAAUGUCAACAUAAAGUGAGGAUGAUAUUGUUACAAAUACCAACUAUGUAUUAUAUUUCAUCAAGUAUGAUGAAUAGAUGAAUAUUUUAAUUUCUCCCACGAGAUCGUAUAUAUCAUGAUAUAAUUUUCAAAGUACUAUUUAGAAUUUAAUCAAUUUAGCACUAUAAUAAUGCAUUUUUCAAUUGUGUUUUUAAAUGCAUUCUUUAUAAGUACUACAAUCACAGCAGGUAUGAUAAAAAGAAAACGAGGUAUUUAUCUCUUCGCAUUCUUAGAAUAUAUUUUAUCUUAAAAAUACUAUUCUUAAAUGCGAUUCCUUUUUAAAUCGUCAAUAUUUUUUAUGACUGUUAUUAUUGUUAUUUUUGCUUUCAUAAGAAAAAGAAAUGUUCACACACUAUCAUCUUACAGAAAUAGUAGGAGAUUAACCAAUUAAGAUACUAGUUUGCCAUUGAAAACUGUACUUAUAAAGAAUGCUUAUUUCAUCGACUUCUCAUAAUUAUAAUGUUCCCUCCAAUGGGUUAUAUAGUUAAAUAUAAUAGUAGCUAUUGAAGAUUAAUUAUCUCAUGCUUUGGAAUCAAAUACGAGUUUAAGCAAGAAAAUAGAGUAACAUAAUCAAGAUCAUAUAGAAUAGCAAGUUUUUUUUAUUUGUAAUUCUUUUUUCUUUUAUUUUAUAUGGUAAUGAGGUACAUUAUGAUUGUGGCAAGUCGUAUGAAAACCUAGGAAAGAUAUUCCUGAAUGAUAUAAUAUUAAAUAUUAUAAACAAUUAUGAUAUAUAUAUAUAUAUAUAUAUACACACAUAUAUAUAUGUAUGUAUGUAUGUAUGUAUGUAUGUAUGUAUGUAUAUAUACUAUUUUACUUAUAACAAUAACACAAUUAAAAUAUUAAUUAUUAAGAGCAUAAAUUAUUGUGAAAGCAACAAAUUUAGCUACAAAAUAGGUUAAUAGGAGAUUAACAAAUAAAAAAAUUAGUUAAUAUCGUGUACUAAAGAAAAAGCAUACAGUUAAAUAUUUAUAUAAUACACUGCCCCAAUUGUUGGUUUUAAUGAUCAUUUUUCUUCAUAUUUUUGGUAUACAAUAUGUAACUCGUUAUGAGAUAGAGAUUCUUCUAGAUACUGACACAUUGUCUUUAUAUAUUUAUAAAUGUAUAAUAAUUUUUUUCUUACUAUAAUUGAAAUAUUAUAUGUUUAAUAUAUUGAAUCUCUUAAAUGUCAAAAAACUAUAUUUGUAUAAAUGAAUCUUUAUAAAGUUAAUGGUAAUUACUAAAAUAUUAACAAUAUAGUUGGUCUUCAUCUAACACUGCACAAAGAAAACCAACAAUAGGGCAGAUCAAAUCGAACAAUAUAUUUUUGACAAGUUACAAUAAUACAAAUACAAAACGUUACAUGCUCUGUUUUGUGCGAAUGAUUCUUCUCUUGCGUUAAACAUUACUAGAGCCAGAAGAGCCAUAUUGUGACCGCUUGUUUAUGCACUAGUUGAACGUUACAGAGAUUGCCAGUUGUUUCAUUUUCUUUUUAAAAAAGGAAGUAUUCGUGAUCAAAGAAUAGGCAGAUGAUGGUUCCCUAAUGUUGAGAAAGAAUUAUCUGCACACUCCAGGCGGCAAAACAUACACAUAAUCAUUAGAUUAUUGUACAAUAAUGAAUUACGUAAAAUAGUAAUAUAUAAUAUCUAAAAAAAAAACAAAUUUGCUGAACAUUUAUAUUACAAUUUAUAACUAAAGAUACUUGCUAUAAACCUGUAUUACCUUUAAUCACUUGUAAUUUUGAUAUACAACUAAUGCAUUUGUUAUUUAGAUAAUAGCAGUAUGAAUUCCGAUAAAUCAAGAGUACUCUGACUAAAACUAAAAUUGAUUUCUAUCAAUCGUAGAAUGUGUUCUUGUUUGCAAAAAUAACUGCUCAAUAUUUUGACAAAGAAAAAACAAAUUAAUAGUGGAUACAUUCUUUUUCUCAUUCAAUUACUAUUUACUACUAUUUACCACUAUAUAUUUCGUAUUCAUCUUUUAGCUACUGUUUAAAUCUAUCUUCUCUCACAUUGUUUUAUUUUCUUCAUUCUGCAAAUGUGGACACAUUGUUAAUAAUAAUACAAUUUUACCGUGUCUGGUGUUAUUACGAUUAUUAUGGAAACGUAUGCUCUUUAAAAUAUUUAUAUUAUUAUCAGUUAAUAUAAUACUGCAAAACUGCUUAGAUUGUAAACUCGUGUGUAUUUUGGUUGUGCAGGCUUUUAAUUGGCAACUUUCUCCUAAUUAAAUAGUAGAAUUUCUUUUUUUCAUUUUAUAAUACGCAAUAUGCAAACAUUCUUGAUCAGACUGAAAUUAACAUGAAUCUGAACAACACACAGACACACAUACACAUAAAAGGAAAAGAAAUCGAGUUCUACAGUACUGAUAUCUAAGCAUUUUUGUAUUAAAUACGAGGUAGCAAAUGGCUGUACAACUGUGAUUAUGUAAUAACAAUUUCUCUACUUAGAUCUUAUCGUUCGGUAUGUCGGUAUUUAUGAAGAUAUAAAUAUUUUACAUACAAAAACAAAAAAGAAGAGAGAAGGCUGUAAAACUUUCAACUGUGCUCAUUGACGCACUCAUUGACGAAUCCUCAACGUGCAUUAUUUAUGAUUCAAUUAUUAAAAGUAUUGACAAUUAAGAAGAAAGAAACUUGCACAUUUGAGCAUAAGAUACAGCAAGCCCAUAAAACUUUUGAAAUCAUUCUGAUCGAAGCGAUGUUGUAUUCUCAAAUUAUGUAAGAAUCGUGAAGAUGUUUCAAUGACAAACAGGAGUCAUUUCAUUCUGCAUUAUUUUGACAUGUGUUCUCUUUCUAUCUACUCUGCAUUUUAAAAUUAUUAUGCAUUUUUUAUUCUUUGCUGUCAAUUACUAAAUGAAAAUAAUAUUACAAUUUUUGCUAGUGACUGAACAUUGAAAAGUUAUAAUAGUACAUUAGUGCAAAAAAGUGUCACAACGCAAAAAUUGAACUAAUCAUUUUUAAUAAGAUUUUUGUAACGAUUACUAUCUAUUCAUUCCUUUGAAGAAAACGUGUCAGUCAUUUGCAUCCUCAUAUUACAAUAUUUCAUGCCUCGUGUCAAAAUAAUGUUAACAAAAUUGCAUCACGAGCUCUUACUAUACCACAGAAAAGAUAAAAGAAUCAUUGGUUAUUUAUUAUUCAACAGUUAAUGGUCUGUUUUACAUUUAAAUUCAAGUAUCGAUGAAAAUAAAUGAACUAUACAAAAACAAAUAAUAAAAUGAGAAAAACAGUUAGUAAAGUGCACAAGGUACAAUCUGUAAACAGUGCCAUUUUCAACAGAUUUAUGAAAGUAAUAAAGUUACGUUCUGCGAGAAACAAAUGUGAUCUGUUAAUGUUUCUAAUUUCUAUGGAUAAUUCUGCAUUUCUGAUGUGACGGAGAUUCAAACACUGAUAUUAUUUAUUCCUCUAUCUCUUGUUAAAGCUUCAAUAUCCAAAGCUUGUAUAACUAUUAACACUAAUUUGUUAAUUUAUAAUGAAUAAUGUUAGUGGCAAGUUAAAAAAACACACCUUUGAAGUUAGAGAAACACAAGAGAACAAAAAUAAAAUAUAAUAAAAGGAUUUAUUUUUCGUGUAUGCAAUAAUGAAUUGAUGAAGCUAUUAUUUUUAAUUUGCAAUUGACAUUAUUCGCUGAAAUGUACCUUAAUACUUUAAGUUGAAAUUACAUAGUAUGGCAAUUAAAUUCAGUUAAAUUAUGAAUAACUUCAUUCUCGAGGUUUGUUGGUAGUUAACUCGAUUUCCGCCCCCUUAGGUAUGCAGGAUUGUGUAGAAAUAUGUCCGUUAAAAUAUUUUAAUAUUUUUGCAAUAUUACAACACCGUCUUCCGGCACAAUAAUAUUUGCAUGUAGCCUAAAGCGCAGUAAUAAAUAAUUUGAAAUAUUGCGGAUGGAGAGGAAAUAUUUAUUACUAAGCUAGCUUGUCGUAUAUAGACGUUGUUCUCUUACAGUGCAAAGAAACAAAUUUAAAAACAUUUAACAUAGAUGAAGAAAAAGUAUAUUCGUGCUAUAAUGAAGCAUGUAUCUAUAUUGCGAUAAUAAAUAUUUUACUGAAACUGUUGUACGAACGAGAAGAUAUUUUCUGAAACACGAUUGAUCCAUUUUCUUAAAAUAUAGAACUGGAAAGCAGCAAAGAAGAUAUAUAACUUUUUAAUAUUUAAGGGAAAAAUGAAUACGCCGCUCGUACAAUAAACAUUUUGUGGGGUGACCACAAUUAUUAAAAGUAUAGUGUAAUACGUUUAUUGUAACAUAUUUAUUUCAUAAUCUCAUAAGAAUGAAAUAUUAAUACCGAUUAUCGAAAUGCAGAUAUAACUGUAAAAGUUUGUAACAGAAUUCUGGGGUUUUACGUUUUCGUCAUAUUUUAAACUGCAACACAUUAUAGCAGUAUUACAAAAUCUAUUGCAAUCAUAACAUUACAAUAUACUGAAUAGUAUAUUAUAGGAAAGAAGCUGCUGUUAACUUUAUAAAAAUUGUACAUGAAAAUUCAUUUCUAUAAAAAGGUGGAAUAUUGUAUUCUAAUGACCAUAAUUAUUUGGAUCAUAAUCUUUGAAGAAUGUAGAAAAUAUUUUAUGUACAAUUUUUUAUAGUUCGAUUUUUCUUAUGCUAUUAUUUGUACAGAACAUUAUUUUAAAUCAAACAAAUGUAAUAUUGAGAAACAAUGCCUCUGUAAACCAUUGAUAAUGGUCACCCUCACAAAAAGGAUAUAGUAGACAUAAUUGAAACAGCAUUUGCAAGAUAAUAACGGUAGAUUAUAAAAAAAUUCAUGGAUAUCUACGAUUGUUCUGGUUGUGGUUACUUCUGUAUGUGCACUUUUAUACAAUGAUUGUGAAUUUGUAUAGGCUAAACUCAUAUCAUUGCUAAUUUUUCUAUAAAUUCAAAAGUUAUAUGUAUUGGAGAGUUAUCUUAAUCAAGGUGUGCAAAAUUUUGCAACAUUUAGCAGAGGCGGGCAAAAUUCUGUAGUACAUAAAGGAAAACAACUUAAAUAACGUUUUUAAAUAAAUAAAUGUUUAACACAUAAGAUCUGUAAAUGUGUCCAUGAAAGAUGAAACAUUUAUAAAUUUAUUCAUAAUCAUAGUAGAUUUAUAUCGAUACAAUUUUCAUUUAUUCUUCUAACUAGUAAAUUUUGAAAACAAUUAUUUUAUUUAAUGAAUACCUUAUUUUUGAAUGGAGUAAAGACAAAUAUGUAGCAUACAGUUUUAUUAAACAAUUUAAAUAUGUGUAACUAUGUAAUGUAUAAUAUUUCUACAUAAAUAAUAAUAAAGUAUUCAUUUAAUUAUGAAUACUUAUUUUAAUAGAGUAUCAAGAACAAAUAUUUAGUAAUAAUAAAUUUUUUACAUAAUAAAUAAGAAAACUUAAAAUACGAAGUAUUAAAAAAUGAGGUAGUGCCCGUUUCUGUACAAAGUAUUGCAAUAUUUCAAUUACAUUAAAUCGACGUUAAUCAAAGGUGCUGCCAAUAAGAAAAGAAAAACAAACACAUGCACUAUCAAUUAGUCGAAGUAUAAAAGCAACCAGAAAAAUAUUAUUUUAAGAUGACUGUAUAGUAUUAUUGUCGUAUACCAAGCAUCUCGUACAACAAAAUGUUAAUAUAUAGUGUUUCGUAUUAUAACAAUUUUUAUAAAUAAACUUUUCUAUUCGACUUGAAAGGUGAAAUGUUAAUUAUGGAAAUUUAUGAUUUCAUUUACAAAUUUAAUAUCAGUGAGAUCUAAAAUAUUCUAUCUUUUAUUACAAUGUUACUCUACAAUUGUUUUACAUUUAAAUUGAUUUUAUAUAAUCAUUCGAGUUAAAAGCAGAAGAAUACUGAACUUUUAAUUAACAAACAAUUGUAUAACCGUUUUUCGCAAUCGAGUCGAAUGGUAAACAUUAUAUCAUUACAGUUAACAAUAUUUGGUAUUUAAUUAUUAAUUAUGAAAAAAAUGGUUGGUGUUAUAGAACUUAUAUGUCGUUUAGAAUGUCAGGCAGUACCUUGUAGUUACUAAAGAACAAAGUAUUUUGUAUAUUUAUCGAUACUUUUUAUUAUGCAUUAAAAUUACAUUUAUUAUGUGCAGCGGUUAAUACAAAAAUGUGAAGUUGCUGGAUCGGUUAUUCAUAUCACCUUUUCUUUUCUUCUUGCGAUUGAACAAAAGAACCCAACGAAAGGAAACAAUGAAAUAUUUAUGUGAUUGACAUAUAUAAUUCUGAUAUGUUCUAUAAGUAUGUUAGUAUUUUUAUAUAAAAAUUGUAUAUAUAUUUAAUCGUAUUUUCAAGUAAUCUUCUUUUUUAUAUCAAAAUUCAAGCUUGCAAUUACUGAAGAUUGUCCACGUAUUCUAUUUUGUAUGACAAAAUCAAUUUUUUGAAUUUAUAUAUAUAAGUUUAAAUUCUUAAAUUUUACAGUAAGACUAUGUUUCAUUUAUAUAGAAGGUAACAAAAAAUGUUGGACAAAUUGUAAUUAUUGUUUUUAUUUAUAGUAUUAACAAGACUUCGUAAAGUAGAAUAUAAUUUUCACAUUCCACGUGAAGAUUUUUUAUAGAAGUACAAAAGUAAUAUGGGCUUGCAUUUUUGAUGUUCGUGUCCUGCCAAAACUGAUGCAAUUAUUCACAAACAUCUACAUGAUGAUUAAAUAAAAUUUCAUAUCUGGUCGCAUACCGAAAGAAAGACUACUUGAAAUGUAAAGGAAUAAAAUGCAGUAAGAAGUUUUCGUUGUCAUUAACGGUUGUAGGCGAAUUCUAAUAAAUGUCAGUACAAAUUGAAUGAUGAAGAAAAAAAGUGAAGCAUCAUUUGUGUGCAAAUGACAAAAAAAGAAAUAAGAAGUUGAUAUUGACGACACGUAUUUUUGGCAAUACAGUUUUAAAUAACAUAUUUAAAUUAACAAUAUAGCUGUAGUUAGAAUGUUAGUAAAUAAAUUUUGUUCUAAUAUUUUCUUGAUGACUGAAAGUUUAUACAUAUAUGUAUGUGUGUGUAUAUAUAAAUAUAUAUAUAUAUUAUGCAUAUAUUUAUAUGAAUAACAUUGAUUUUGACGAAGAUAUAAGGAUAAUGAUUAUCUCAUGGCGUAAUUUGUAGAACAAAUGUUUAUUAUUGCUUCUUAUGCUAUUAUUAGGUAGUGAACUAUAAAGAAGAAUAUUGUACAUCAAUAAAAUUGAUCAUUUGAAAAUAAAAUAUAUUGAUAACUUCUGUA